AUGGCUGCUUCUCAACAGCUCCGCCACGCCGGAGCCGGCUCGAGCAUGCAAGGCUGGCGCGUGCCACGUUCGGCAAUGACGGCUGUCGUCCUCGCAACGCUCGCCGUCCUGGCAGCGAUGCUUUCGGUGCACACGCCCGUCGCGCACGCAUCGUCCAACCCGUUGCCGUUUCCAAACAACAAGACCCGCUACGACUACAUUGUCGUCGGCAGUGGUGCCGGUGGCGGCCCUCUCGCCUGCAACCUCGCUCGCAAGGGCUGGAAGGUGCUUUUGAUCGAGUCCGGCUCCAACUACACCUCGGACAACGCGAGCGUUCCAAUCCACAAUGCCCUGAGUGUCGAGGACCCCGGACAAGCUUUUGAUUACCGAGUGAAACAUUAUGACGGAGGUCCGGAUGUCCAGUACCCGCGCGCUGGCGUUCUCGGUGGUUGCACACAACACCACGCGCUGAUCGCUCAUCCGCCACACAAGGUCGACUUUGAGGAGAUUGCCCAGCUCACUGGCGACUCGUCUUGGGACCCCAUUCAAAUGCGCCAACACUGGAAAUCCAUCGAAAAUUGCUCGUACUCGCCCUAUCCAGGCAACCCCAACGACCACGGCUAUCGUGGAUGGAUGCCGACGGCCCAAGUCAAUCUGGCCAAACCUCCGCUGGAACUCGACUCUCUGAUCACCAUUCCGGUUCUCUCCUUCCAGAAUGUCUCCAAAGGCAAGCUGAAUGAUUAUUUUGACCCCUUCAACUAUGAUGACACGGACAAGGAAGGCCACUUUAUCAUGCCAACCAUGACCUACAAGGGAAAGCGCUAUGGCGUGCGCGAAUUCAUCAUGGACACGGUGCGCCGUUUCCCAGACAAUCUGCACGUCAUGACCAACACCCAUGUCACGCGCGUCAUUAUCACGCCAGACACCAAAGUGGCUGUUGGCGUCCAGUACACGCGCAGCUUGAACAACGAGCAGCUGUACGGCGCGUCGCCGAUGGCGACUCCCCCGACUCCCGGCAACUCUGUCAAUGGCUCUGCCUUUGUGCAACGCGAGGUCAUCAUUUCUGCGGGAGCGUUCAACACACCGCAGAUCUUGAUGCUGUCGGGCGUCGGCCCUCGUGAGGUUUUGCAGGAAAAGAACAUUACCGUGUUGGUCGACCUGCCCGGCGUGGGCGCCAACCUGCAAGACCGUUACGAAAUUGCCGUCGUGUCCAGCACGCUGGUCGACUUUAACUACCCGUGCCGCGACCUGUACAGCUGGUGCCGCGAGUCGCUCGACAAGAAUGAGCAACAGUCCAUCCUCUCGCUCAACGGCCCCGUCCUUGGCGUGACGCGCAAGUCGAACGCGUCGCUUCCCGCUCCAGACAUGUUCCUCUUUGGCAGUGCGGGCAACUUUACGGGCUACCGCCCAGGCUGGUCUCGCGACGAAAACCUGCGCUUGCUGCACGAUCGCUGGACGUACCUGCUCCUGAAGGCGCACACGCAAAACCGCGCCGGAUUUGUCAAAAUCCAGUACUUCCAGGAGGGUGCAGACGAGGACCUGAACGCACUCGUUCAAGGCUUCAAGCUGAUGCGUGAGAUGGCCGACGUCGUCCGCAACGAAUCGCUCAAGGCCGGCCUCCCCAGCUCGCUGUUUGCAGAGGAGCUGUAUCCCGGACCCAGCGUGCAAACGGACGCAGAGGUCGAACAGCACAUCCGCGACACGACUUGGGGCCACCAUGCGUGCUGCACUGCCAAGAUUGGCAAGCAGGAAGACCCCAUGGCCGUGCUCGACUCAAACUUUCGCGUGUACGGCGUCCGAAAUCUGCGCGUCGUCGAUGCUUCCGUCUUCCCGAAAAUCCCCGGCAUGUUCAUUACAGUUCCAAUCCUGGUCACCAGCCAAAAGGCGUCCGCGGCAAUCGACGCGCAGGCACUCGACGCCUGCCGCGACUCCCCGUACUGCAUGAGCUCGGACGAUGACUCUGGCCUGUCGCGCCAGAACAUUGGUGCCAUCGUCGGAGGCAUUCUUGCCUUUAUCGGACUGGCGCUUUCGUUGCUGUACGCCCUGUCCGACAAGUUCCGCAACAAGAAGAAGGACGCCGAGGUGUCGGCUCGCGCCCAAGCUCAGUUUGAGGCCGAUCGUGCGCGUCAGCGUGCUGCCACCAAGGACCGCAUUACGCUUCUCGGCAAAGAAAAGGAGGGUGCUAUCGACAGCGACACGCUUGCCAUCAAUGUCACUCCCGCUGAGGCGCGCGCUCGCGUCAUGUUUGCCGAGCUCGACCGUGACAACGACGGCUACAUUGAACGUCACACUCUGCGUGCGGCGCUCUCGGCAGCCUCCGGCAUCCCGCUGGACGAAGUCGUCUCUGACGACGUGAACAAGCUUCUCGAAGACGAGCCGCUGGCUGUGGACGGCAAGGUGUCGCUGCAAGAGUUUUUGCGCAUCCGCGACCGUCACGUCUCGAUCACUGUGCCAGAUUCGCGCGCGAACGGCAGCUCCAUGCUCUUCACUCCGACGGACGUGUACUUUGAGAACAUUACGCUCGACUAUGUCGAUCCCAAGACCCAGGAGUCCAACCGCGUGCUUCACAAUCUCACCGGCUACAUUGCGCCUGGUACGAUGACUGCUUUGCUCGGCUCCUCUGGCGCGGGCAAGUCCACCAUGCUCGACGUCCUGUCCAUGCGCAAAAACACUGGCAAUGUCGAAGGCCGCGUUCUCAUCAACGGUCACGAGCGCAACUCGUCCUUUUACAAAAUGUCCAGCUACGUGCCCCAGGAAGAUCUCUUCCUGCCCACGGUCACUGUGCGCGAGGUUGUCAUGUACUAUGCCACCUUGCGCAUGCCUGCGUACGCAACCCCCGCGGCGCGCUGGCGCCGUUGCGAGAUGCUCUUGCUCGAGUCGGGUCUCCUCGAGUACGUCGACAGCAAGGUGGGCGGCCCGCUUCCGGGCGGCAUCACUGUGCGCGGCUUGUCGGGUGGCCAGAAGCGUCGUCUCUCGAUGGUGUGCGGUCUGAUUGCCAACCCCGCGAUUCUCUUCUUGGACGAGGUCACGUCUGGCCUCGACGCGCUUUCGGCCUUGAUGGUCAUGGAAAUGAUUCGCCGACUCGCCACGCAAGGGCUGACCAUCAUUGCCACCAUCCACCAGCCCCGCACCUCGAUUUGGCGCAUGUUCGACAAGGUCAUGCUCCUUGCCAACGGCCGCCUCAUGUACAUGGGCGAUGCCUCGCGCGCCACCGAAUGGUUCAACUCGCUCGGCUACCCCACCGACCCGCAAGCCAACCCCGCCGACUUUUUGCUCGAUCUCACCAGCAUUUCGUUCCACAAGGACCCUGCGCUGUUUGGCAACAAGACCAUGCGCAAGCUCGAGCACGUCGAGGACGCCGCCGACGCCUUUGCCAAGUCCGAACACAUGGCGCUGCUUCGCCGACAGCAAAAGUUUGUCAGCUACAGCCGAGGUGUGGAUCAGACGCUCGAGCUCAUGACGCGCUUUGGCAAGGACAAGGACGCCAAGAUGCAGUCGUCGCUCUGGCGCCGCGUCAUCGAGAGCUCCCGCAAGAUGGCUGGCAAUGCCGAGCACCAGUCCAUGGCACCCUGGGGCACGCAAUUCGGCGUCCUGCUCAAGCGCGCCAUCACCAACUAUGUUCGCAACCCAGGCAAUGUCAUUGCGCGCUUUGUUCUUGUCGCGUUCACCGGCUUUAUGACUGGCGCCGCCUUCUUUGGCCUGUCCGAGCACUGGGACGCUCUCAACAGCCGUCUCGGCGCGUUGUAUUUCCUCUGUGUGAUUUACGUUUUGCUGCCAUUCACCUCCCUCUCGCUAUUUAUCUACGAUCGUCAGUUCUACUCGCGCGAGAGUGCUGCCCGCCUGUACACCCCAUCCGCGUACUACUUGGCCAACUCGCUUGUCGAGUUGACCUUUAAUGCCGCGAACGUGGCUAUUUCGGCCUCGGUUGCAUACUGGAUGAUUGAUUUGGGUUUGUCGGACAACAUUUUGGGAGCCGAGCGAAACGCCAACGGCUUCUGGGUCUUUUUGCGCAUCAUGACUCUUCUGCACAUUGUCGGAAACCAGAUGGUUCAGCUCUGUGGCCUCAUGAUGCCAAACCAAGACAUGGCGUUCGCGCUCGGAGCUGGCUUUGUCAUUCUGUGCCAGAUUUUCAGUGGCUUCCUCGUCAUUCCGAGCAAUUUCAACGAGGUCACCGAGUGGCUGCAGUACACGUCCUUCCUCAAGUACGCGUAUGCCGGCGUGGUGCUCAACGAGUUUGAAGGCUACGACGCCAACUCGGAUCCAAGCUUCUCCAUCAUUGAAGAGGCGCACUUCAGCAACCCCACCACCGUUGCCGACAACCAAUACGUGCUCCUGGGCUUUUUCUUUGUCUUCCACAUCAUGGCCUUCCUCUGCCUCAAGUACCUGCACAAGGAGCGUCGUUAA